AUGCCUCUUGUUCACAAUCCAAAUGUUCCUCCUGAGCCAGGCUCGCGAGCAGGAGCUCUCAUUGCACUUCAAGUAUUUUUUGUAGCAGUUGCAUUGCUUGUUUAUUGUCUUCGAGUAUACACGCGUGCGUUUAUCCUCAGAUCUAUUGGCCACGAUGAUUAUAUCAUGGGACUUGCUGUUAUCCUCAGCAUCGGCCUUUCAAUCAAUGCCUGCAUCAGCACUACAUUUGGCUGGGGCCACCACCUAUCUUCCAUCCCGCCCUCAAACUACAGCUCUAUCCUCAUCACAAUCUGGAUCGCAGAACUCCUCUUCACGCUCUCGACUUCCCUGGCCAAGAUCUCAAUUCUGUUCUUCUACCUCCGUCUCGCUGUCACGAAGACCUAUCGAACAAUCAUACACUGCAGCAUCGGAUUCAUAAUCAUCUGGGCUAUUACCUUUACUCUUGUUGUUAUCUUCCAAUGCACGCCAAUCCCAGAAUACUGGAACCCUACCGGGACAUCGUGCCGUGACCCUGAAGCCGCACUCUUUAUCCACGGCUUGACAAAUUCUCUUACAGAUGUGUACAUUUAUAUCUUGCCCAUGAAGAUGGUGUGGGAAGUGCAGUUGCCAAAACGACAACGUAUGGGGUUGAUUGGUAUUUUUGCUGCGGGUUUCUUAGUAUGCGUCGCAGGCGCCCUCCGACUCUACUACUCGAUCCUAACGCAAAAGUCCACCGAUACGCCGUGGGAAGGCUUCAAUCUCUGGACAUGGGAGAGCAUUGAGAUAAAUUUGGGGAUCGUGUGUUCAUCGGCCCCUUGUCUGAAAGCUCUUAUUACCAAGAUGAUCCCGAGAAUGUUUGGUAGUGUGGGUGGGAGUAAGGGGACAGGUAAUGGAGAUGAGAGUGGAAGGAGGGGUAUCGGGAUGGGGUAUCUGGAGAGUGGGAGGAGGGAGAGGGAUAGAGAGAGGGGGGAAAGCGAAGAUGAGUUGACGGGAAGGGAUGGGAAUGAGUGUGUGCUGGUCGCGAAAAUGGAUGUACAUCAGAGUUGGCUGAAGGUUUGA